CAGUCAAAAUAUAAAUAAUAACUCGGAUCAUAAGAGGCCCCCCGACGAAUUUUUGUCAGAUAAGCCUCCUAUACCCCCUUAGCUCUACGUGCCAGUGGACACCUGACCUUCCUCAUACUAAAAAGGUAAGUCUGGCUUGGUCUCUUUGAACCGUGCAGUCUGGGAAUGUAAGUGAAUAAAGUAAGCUUUCUUCAAGCUGUCCCAGCUUGUUAACAAGAUAAAAUUGAAGAUGAAUUAGAAAUGACGACAGUGUGCCACAGACCGGAAGGACUGGAACAACUUGAAGCACAAACCAAUUUCACUAAAAGAGAACUUCAAGUUCUUUACAGAGGAUUUAAAAAUGAAUGUCCUAGUGGGGUUGUCAAUGAAGAGACAUUCAAACAGAUCUAUGCACAAUUUUUUCCUCAUGGAGAUGCAAGCACAUACGCACAUUAUCUCUUUAAUGCAUUUGACACUGCACAAAAUGGCUCAGUGAAGUUUGAGGAUUUUGUGAUGGCAUUGUCCAUUUUGUUGCGAGGAACUGUUCAUGAAAAGCUGAGGUGGACAUUUAAUCUGUAUGACAUAAAUAAGGAUGGAUAUAUAAACAAGGAGGAAAUGAUGGAUAUCGUAAAGGCCAUCUAUGAUAUGAUGGGAAAGUACACAUACCCAGUGCUCAAGGAAGAUGCUCCAAGGCAGCACGUAGAAGUAUUCUUUCAGAAAAUGGAUAAAAACAAAGAUGGUGUUGUAACAUUAGAUGAGUUUAUUGAAUCGUGUCAGGAGGAUGACAAUAUCAUGCGGUCCUUACAGCUCUUUGAAAACGUGAUGUAACUGUCUGGUGGGAACUAGAGGAGCCAGAGACUCUGAGUAACAAAGACCUCCUUUCUGGGUGAAAGCUUUUUACAAUUCAGCCAAGUUCAGUGUGUGAGGAUUUUGUAUGCCAACGGAAUGCAACCAAUCCCACCUCUUCUCCCCAAGAGACGCCGGUGGACCUUUGUUUCGUUCUGGAAGCAUGUGAAUACUUUAAUAAAACCUGAUAAGA